AUUGAAUCAUUGAAUCCUAAGAUUGAAACAUUGAAUCAUAAGAUUGAAUCAUUGAAUCAUAAGAUUGAAUCAUUGAAUCCUAAGAUUGAAUCAUUGUAUCAUAAGAUUGAAUCAUUGAAUCCUAAGAUUGAAUCAUUGAAUCCUAAGAUUGAAUCAUUGAAUCCUAAGAUUGAAUCAUUGAAUCAUAGGAUUGAAUCAUUGAAUCAUAAGAUUGAAUCAUUGAAUCCUAAGAUUGAAUCAUUGAAUCCUAAGAUUGAAUCACUGAAUCCUAAGAUUGAAUUAUUUAAUCCUAAGAUUUAA